AUGUCGGAUAAUGAACAAACACACAAGAAACAGAAAAUCGAAGGAAAUGAUUCUAUUGGUAUAGCAAAUUUCGAUGACCUUCGAGCGUUAUUUUUUAGAUUAAAUACGAUUUACACUUUCCUGAUGUGCAGGAAGCAUGUUGUGCCUACUUUUGACACAAUCACAAAACCAAUAUCGAAGGCACUUAAUAAAGAUAUCACAGAAUUUGACUUGGCUAUGAUAGUAGCUAUUCUCCCCAGGGAUUGUAUCUUCAAAUAUAUUGAUGAGAACCAAUUACAUACUGAAACAAAAGUAUAUGACUUUAAAGAUGGUGGUUAUCAACAGAAAGAUAACGAUAUAUUUCAGCUAAAAGAUAUUAAUACGCAGUAUGGGGAACAGAAAUCGACUCAGGUGCUUGUCUUUGAAUUUGUCGAUGGUAAUAUGAAGAGGUCAUGGAUAUCAUCGGAGACAGUCUCCCAGGUGAAACUACCGACAUAUACCACUGAGGAAAUGAAAAAAAUGAUUACAAAGAGAAGUGAGAGGUUUGAAGCUUAUUUAACGAGAUUUAUUGGGAGUCAUUCCGAUGAGGAGAGUAUGGAUCCAUUUGAGGAACUAAUAAAAGCUGCAAAGCAAUAUAUCCCCCAAAGGAAGGAUUAUAAUGAUCCAAUACAGUCGAUGAUGGAUGCUAGACUAUUGAAGGGUGACCAAGUAAUAAUUGACCAAGAAACAGGUGCAUAUAGACCUACCAUAAAUGCUGUGAUAGAGCUUCUACAAAAGUCAGAUUCGUAUUGUGAUCAAAUAAAAGAGAAUUUUACAAUAGCUGCUCGAACAGCGCAGUAUGGAGAGCUAAAUUUUGAUUUAUCACCAGAGAUUUAUCCUGCCUUAGAGCAUAAAAAUUUCUAUUCUCAUCAAGCAGAUGCAUUGAACGCUGUCCAUAUAAAGGAGAAUGUUAUUAUUACAACAUCAACCUCCUCUGGUAAAUCGUUGAUUUACCAGUUGUCUGCCAUUGACAUAUUAUUAAAAGAUCCAGAGGCUACAUUUAUAUAUAUUUUCCCUACAAAAGCAUUGGCACAAGAUCAAAAAAGAGCCUUUGAGAGUAUUGUGUCAAGAAUUCCAGAAUUGUCGGAUUUGCAUGUCGAUACGUACGAUGGUGAUACCGAGAGAACAGAAAGGAGAGUUAUUAGACAGCAUGCGAAAGUUAUCUUUACAAAUCCAGAUAUGAUCCAUGCAAGUAUAUUACCUAACCAUACAAACUGGAAACAUUUUCUUUAUAAUCUAAAAAUUGUGGUGGUUGAUGAGUUGCACGUUUAUAAAGGUUUAUUUGGGUCCAACGUAUCACUUGUUAUGAGGAGGUUAUUGCGUCUAUGCCAAGAACACUACAAUAAUAAUAACUUGAGGUUCAUCUCAUGUUCUGCAACAUUAAAGAAUCCUGUUCAACAUACCAAAGAUAUUUUUGGUAUUGAACAGGUUCGGCUCAUCAAUGAAGAUGGCUCACCUAGAGGAUCUAAAAAUUUGGUUAUAUGGAAUCCACCAAAAUUACCACAACAUAUGCGAAAAAGAGAAAACUUUAUUAAGGAAAGUGCAGAAAUUUUGGUACAGUUAAUCCUGCAGAAUGUGAGAACGAUAGCAUUCUGUUACGUGAGACGUGUUUGUGAACUUUUAAUGAAAGAAGUUAGAACAAUAUUUGAAAAUAUGAAUAGACUCGAUUUAGUAAAUGACGUGAUGGCUUAUAGAGGCGGGUACUCGCCGGCUGAUAGACGUAAAAUCGAAAGAGAAAUGUUUCAUGGUAACUUAAAAGCUGUUAUAUCAACUAAUGCAUUAGAAUUAGGUAUUGAUAUAGGUGGUCUUGAUGCUGUCUUAAUGUGUGCAUUCCCUAUGUCAAUGGCUAACUUCCAUCAACAAAGUGGUAGAGCCGGGAGAAGAAAUCAUGAUUCGUUAACAGUUGUUGUUGCUAGUGAUUCACCAGUAGACCAACAUUAUGUGGCCCAUCCAGAGAUACUGUUGGAUGUAGAUGAUCCGGAUUCUUAUCAGGAGUUAGUUCUUGAUUUUGAGAAUGAGCUGAUCCUAGAGGGUCAUAUACAGUGUGCAGCAUUUGAGUUACCUAUAGAUAUUGAAAGAGAUUCAGAAUAUUUCAAUCGAAAAUACCUAACUAAGAUAUGCGAAGAGCGAUUAUAUCACAAUGAAGAGGGUUAUCAUACCAACAAUAAAUUUUUACCAUGGCCUUCGAAACACGUAUCAUUACGUGGUGUAGAGGAGGAAAAGUUUGCCGUUGUUGAUAUAACUAACGGAAGAAACUUAGUCAUAGAAGAAGUAGAAGCUUCUAGAACUAGUUUCACGUUGUAUGAUGGGGCGAUCUUUAUUCAUCAAGGUUAUCCUUACCUUGUCAAGGAAAUGAAUCCAGAUGAAAAAUAUGCUUCUGUAUUAAGAGUCGAUGUAGAUUGGGUGACCUCUCAAAGAGAUUUUACAGAUGUCGAUCCUCAGUUGAUUGAAUCGGUACGCUCGUUGAAGAGUAGUGAUACGCCUAUCUAUUUCGGUAAUAUCAGAACAAAGAUUCUGGUGUUUGGUUAUUUUAAGGUUGAUAAAUUCAAGAGAAUUAUUGAUGCUGUUGAGACCCAUAAUGACCCAAUCAUAAUUAACUCAAAGGGCCUUUGGAUUGAUAUUCCAAAAAUUGCUUUGGAAUUGUGUGUUGCAAAAGAAUUAAGCAUUGCUGGUGCUAUCCACGCUGCCGAGCAUGGCAUAAUGGGUGUGUUCUCUAGGUUUAUAGUUGCAGGGGCCGAUGAGAUAAGAACCGAAUGCAAGGCACCGGAGAAAGAAUUUGCAGAAAGGCAAACCAAAAGGUUAAGACCAGCUAGGUUAGUCUUCUAUGAUUCUAAAGGUGGGAAAUAUGGGUCAGGUUUAUCAACGAAAAUAUUUGAGCAUAUCGAUGAGAUCUUGGUUGCAACACUUCAUAGAAUAGAGGAGUGCCCAUGUGAUAUUGGAUGUCCUGAGUGUGUAGCAGCAGCCUAUUGUACGGAGAAUUGUUUGGUCUUAUCUAAGCAAGGUGCACUUGUCAUUCUUCAUACGAUUCUAGGUCAUGAUCCUGUGGAAUUUCUGGAUAAAAUAAAGGAUGGUCCUGAAGAAAAUAUGCCAGAUAUUGCGGUUGAGACCGUUAUACCAGUUACUGAACAUGUCAAAUUUGCACCUUCAUUUAAUGUGAUAGAUACUGUUGGUAAUGUCAACGUAGUAGGUUAA